GUAGCAAACCUAACCAAAUAAAUCGAGUGUAAAACAUUCUAGUUUAGUGUCUUAUUUAUUUCUUUAAUUUUUCUAUAAUGAACCACACACAGUAAUUUGGUAGCUUUUUACGCACAUUUUUGUCAAUAUGCUGCAGAAACCGAAAAUUUACACAGUGUUCAAAACGGUGAAUUCCAUCGUUACCACUUUGUCAGCCCCAAGUUUUUUAAGGCCAGUUUGCGCUGGUUUAAUUCAAUUGCGGACUAAAAGGGGGUCGUCGAAAGACAAUGUUUCUUCGCUUUUUACACCCAUACAGAUUAAACCAAAUCCAGACGAUAUCAACGUGGGGGCAGAGCUUACAGGGAAUUUAAAUAAAGCUGAUUUGCUGAAAGUUUUAAAUAAGUUUUACCAGAACCCAAGCAUAAAGCACCUACUUACGGAGAAUGGCUUAGACAUCUACCUGCAGCAUCAGGCCUAUGUAAGCUUUAGAAGGUACUGUUUGGAGGCAAAUACCCUGCCUGUUGAUCUACAUGUAGUCGUCAGCGAUAUUUUGCAAGGUGCUGGAAACCAUACUGAUAUAUUUCCGUACUUUUUACGACAUGCCAAGCAGAUGUUUCCCCAUUUGGAAUGUAUGGAUGAUCUAAAGAAAAUUUCCGAUCUAAGAUCUCCAGCUAACUGGUACCCAGAAGCCAGAGCAUUGAAUAGAAAAAUAAUCUUCCAUGCGGGUCCAACUAAUUCAGGGAAAACUUACCAUGCUUUGGAAAGGUAUAUCACUGCCAAAUCGGGGGUUUACUGCGGCCCACUUAAAUUGCUAGCAUCUGAAGUCUUCAAUAAGUGCAACGGAAGGGGAACACCAUGUGAUCUUGUAACAGGAGAAGAACGAAAAUUUGCAGAUCCUUUACAAAACCCAUCCGCCCAUGUGGCUUGUACAGUUGAGAUGACUUCAGUUACCAAUCCUUAUGAAGUAGCUGUAAUUGAUGAAAUUCAAAUGAUCAGAGACCCACAAAGGGGCUGGGCCUGGACGAGAGCCCUUCUAGGGCUGAUGGCUGAAGAAGUCCACCUGUGCGGCGAAGCAGGAGCUGUGAACUUAGUUAGUCAACUGUGUCUUACCACGGGCGAAGAUAUAGAAGUUCGGAAUUACAAGCGAUUGACUGAUCUGAAAAUUGAAAAUCAGGCUUUAGGAAGCUUGGAAAGUGUGAAACCAGGCGAUUGUAUAGUAUGUUUCAGUAAAAACGACAUAUAUUCAGUGUCGCGUAAAAUUGAAAAUAUUGGAAAGGAAGUGGCGGUAAUAUAUGGGGGCUUGCCACCAGGAACUAAGCUGGCACAAGCAGCAAAGUUUAAUGAUCCAGAAAACAGUUGCAAAAUACUGGUUGCUACCGAUGCAAUCGGAAUGGGCCUAAAUCUGAGUAUAAGAAGAGUUAUUUUUUACUCCCUAAUCAAACCAACUAUGAAUGAGAAGGGCGAGAAAGAAAUGGACACGAUCUCAGUGUCACAAGCAUUGCAAAUCGCUGGCCGAGCUGGAAGGUACGGCACCAAAUGGGAACAGGGCUUCGUAACAACGUUUAAAACUGAAGAUCUGCCAACUUUAAAGACGUUGAUGGCCUCUCAGCCAGAGCCUUUAACACAAGCGGGUCUUCACCCCACUGCAGAACAGAUAGAACUUUAUGCCUAUCAUUUGCCUAAUUCGACUUUAAGCAAUUUGAUGGAUAUAUUCGUCAAUCUCUGCACCGUGGACAAUUCGUUGUAUUUUAUGUGCAACAUCGAUGACUUUAAAUUUCUAGCCGAUAUGAUUCAACAUGUUCCUUUGCCGCUUCGAGCCAGAUAUGUCUUCUGCUGCUCACCAAUCAAUAAAAAGAUGCCAUUUGUGUGUACCAUGUUCCUCAAGUUCACUAGACAAUUUAGCAAAAAUGAACCCAUCACCUUCGACUGGUUAUGUUCGUCGAUUGGUUGGCCUCUGCAACCGCCUCGCACCAUCCUCGACCUCGUACAUCUAGAGGCUGUUUUCGAUGUUCUCGACUUGUACCUUUGGUUAAGUUACCGGUUUGUGGAUUUGUUCAACCAGGCGGAUUUAGUUAGAGACAUGCAAAAAGAGUUAGACCAAAUUAUACAGCAAGGAGUGGUACAACUGACCAGAUUGCUGCAAAAUUCCGAAACAGGUAUUAGCUCGGGUACAUCUAAGGCAGAUGAAGAAGUUUUCGAUAGCCAUAAUAAGAAGCAAAAUUAUUUGCGAAAUAUCCAGUCGUCGCCUGUUGGCAAAGGGAGGCUUACGCAACGACUAUUAGCUCAAGGAAUCCUGACACCGGACAUGCUAAGUGAGCUCAAAAAGGAAUGGAAUCGAAAGGAAGAAUUAAAAGCCAGUGAUAGUGAUGAGGAUCCUUCACCCCCAAAAACGACCGUUAGGAGAAAGAGGAAAACCACUAAGUAAAUAUGUAUCUAAAAAAUAAAUCAUCGAAUAUAAAGCCUU